GUUCCACUGGCAGGCGACGAUUAUGGGACCUGGUGACUCUCCUUACUCUGGCGGUGUCUUCUUCCUCGCCAUUCACUUCCCUACCGACUACCCCUUCAAGCCUCCUAAGGUCAACUUCACCACCCGCAUCUACCACCCUAACAUCAACUCCAACGGCAGCAUCUGUCUCGACAUCCUGCGAGACCAGUGGAGCCCUGCGCUCACCAUCUCCAAAGUGUUGCUGUCCAUCUGUUCGAUGCUGACGGAUCCCAACCCCGAUGACCCUCUCGUCCCUGAAAUCGCCCACGUCUACAAGACUGACCGUGCCCGGUACGAAGCCACUGCCCGCGAGUGGACUCGAAAGUACGCCAUCUAGGCUUCGGCUUGGAGACGUUCUUUGGCGUGAGAUUGGGGAUUGCUGUAGAAGGCGAUGUGGCGGGUACUUAGGCUACCUCUCAUCGACGACUUUGGAGUCCUGGGCAAGACAGCCACCCUGCCUUGCGGACUGGACAGUUGCGGUGCUUAUGUGAACGUAGGCACCUCGUCCAGCUUUAGAGAGGCAAGUCGAGCAUCGGGCACUGCGGAGAAGAGAGCGAGGUUUACGAACGAGAGACGCUGGAGUUAGAGAGGUCCAUUGGGCACACCAGAUAGCUGCUUCGGCUUAUGACAACGGCAUUGCAUUCCCAGUCCAAGAGUAUGUGACAAGAUCCGGUUGAUUCGUGACUGACAUGCAGUGAAGUUCAUUGGGCGGUACAAACAUCGGGUGAACUUGACGAGAGCGUCCUGGGUG